GCCCCACCAUCGGAUCUCAGGAGCUACUUUGGCCAGACUCGACCAAUAUGGAGGAGGUGGCUGGGAAUGCCCCGUGCGAACACUUUGAGGCCAACGUGCUGGCCCAGAGCUGCUGUCAAAACUGCUUCCGCCCUGAGGAGGCCCACAGACCAAGGCACCAGGAGCCGCGGAGCCCUCCGAGUGCUGGGGUGCCUUACUGCGACCUGCCACGCCGCCCGCCUGCCUCUGAGGACCCUCCCCGUUCCUCGACCUCCGGCUGCCAGUUCGUGGUGCGCCCGGGCCUUGCGCCAGGACCCGAGAGGGGCCGGUCAGCAGGGUCCUCCGCAGAGGUCCCCACAGCCGCCCCUGGGAGCAGGAGCCAGGAACCGGAGACAGUGGCCUAUCUGGAGGGUCUGGCCUCCUCCCUGGGUGGCAGCUUUGACGAAGGCCUUGACUCUGGCACCAGCUCCAGCCCUGACUGCGGCACUCCUGAUGAUACCAGCGACUCGUCCUCCGUGGACUGGGACACUGUUGAAAGGCAGGAGGAGGCCCCCAGCGGGGACGAGCUCACCGUGAUGAUCCCGAGGAAACCCCAGGAAGGGCCACGAGCUGACAGUGCCCGAAGAGCCCCAUCUCUCCUCACCCGGCCCCCCGUGGGAGGGGAUACUGCAGGCCGGAGAAAGGAAGACACCUGCAGUGGGAGCCAAAGUGCCGGACAGCACUGGGCGAAGCUCCGGGGAGAAAGUGGGUACUUCUUGGAGCGGCACCGGUCGGCGCUAACCCAGGCCUCCUGUGCGACACCGCAGGGCGGACCUCGCAGUGCCACCCCCCAAGCUUCCUCUUUUCAUCGUUCUGCCCAGAGGGAUGUUGCCCAAACUGCUUACACACAGUUCAAUACCGCUCGAGCCUCCUCUCCCACACAAAUCGCCCCACGGGACAACCUGAGAACCUUGUCCACCCAACAGGACAUCCCCAGGACCUCUUUCACACAGCACAACACCCCCAGAGCAUCCUCUCCCUCAAGAAUUGCCCAACGGGAUAACCCCAGAACCUCCUCCGUCCAACGAAACAAUCCUCAAGUUUCCUCUUCCACCAGAGCCACCGGACAAGACAACUCUAGAACCUCUUCUAUCCAACAGGACAACCCUCAGACUUCUUUUCCCACUUGUACUCCCCAGAGGGACAACCCCAGAGGCUCCACUCCCAACAGAACCACCCAACGGGACAAGCCCAGAACAUCCUGUGCCCAGCGGGACAACCCCAGAGUCCCCUCUCCCAACAGAACCACCCAACGGGACAACCCCAGAGGCUCUGCUCCCAACAGAACCACCCAACGGGACAACCUCAGAGCAUCCUGUCCCCAGCAGGACAACCCCCGAGGCUUCUCUCCCAACAGAACCACCCAACGGGACAACCCCAGAUUAUCCUGUGCCCAGCGGGACAACCCCAGAGUCCCCUCUCCCAACAGAACCACCCAACGGGACAACCCCAGAGGGUCUUCUCCCAACAGAACCACCCAACGGGACAACCCCAGAUCAUCCUGUGGCCAGCGGGACAACCCCAGAGUCCCCUCUCCCAACAGAACCACCCAACGGGACAACCUCAGAGCAUCCUGUCCCCAGCAGGACAACACCAGAGUCCCCUCUCCCAACAGAACCACCCAACGGGACAACCUCAGAGCAUCCUGUCCCCAGCAGGACAACCCCAGAGGGUCCUCUCCCAACAGAACCACCCAACGGGACAACCCCAGAGCAUCCUGUCCCCAGCAGGACAACCCCAGAGGGUCCUCUCCCAACAGAACCACCCAACGGGACAAUCCCAGAUCAUCUUGUGCCCAGUGGGACAACCCCAGAGUCCCCUCUCCCAACAGAACCAGCCAGCGGGACAACCCCAGAGCUUCUUGUAUUCAACAAAAUACCCCCAGAACCUCUUCUACCCAACGGGACAACCCUAAGACCUCUUGUACGCAAUGGAAUAACCCUAGAACCUCUUAUACUCAACGAGACAACCCACAGUCUUCCGCUCAGCGGGACAACCCUGGAACUUCCUCCCCUCGAUGCUGCACACAACGGGACAAUCCUGGACCAUCAUCUCCCCAUCGCUCCACUCCACGGAACAAUCCCAGGAAUUCUUCUCCCCAUCGUACUAACAAAGACAUUCCCUGGGCCUCCUUUCCCCUCCGCCCAACCCAGAGUGAAGGCCCCCGCACCUCGUCCCCAUCUCGCUCCAAGCAAAGUGAGGUUCCCUGGGCCUCCAUUGCCCUUCGGCCAACCCAAGGGGACAGGCCUCCUCAGACCUCAUCUCCCACUAGGCUAACUCAGCGCAACCCACCUCUGUCCUCCUCUGGAUCUACCCAGCACAACUCACUGUCUCGGGCCGCUUCUUCCUCCCAUAACCCGGGCCUGCACAGUGCCUCCCGGACUUCUUCACCUCUGUACCCUGCUACCCGCGGGGAACCCCAGACCUCUUCUGAGCCCUCCCAGCCUCCAUGUUCUGUGUGUAUUGGGCAUCGGGAUGCCCCUCGAGCUUCUUCACCUCCUCGCUAUUUGCAACACGACCCCUUCCCCUUCUUCCCAGACCCUCAUGCAUCUGAGAGUGAGCCUCCCCACCACAAUCCCCCCUAUAUACCUCCAGCCGUGUGCAUUGGACACCGGGAUGCCCCCCGGGCUUCUUCACCUCCUCGCUAUUUGCAACAUGACCCCUUCCCCUUCCUCCCAGACACAUCGGAUGCUGAGACCCAGUCCCCCCAGCAUGACCCUCCUCAGUUCCCCCCACCUGUGUGUAUUGGGUACCGUGACGCACCCCGGGCCUCCUCCCCGCCGCGGCAGCCCCCAGAGCCCUCCCUGUUAUUCCAGGAUCUUCCCAGGGCCAGCACUGAGAGCCUCGCCCCCUCCACAGACUCUCUGCAUGAGCCCCCCCACAUGCCCACCCCCGUGUGCAUUGGGCACCGGGAUGCACCCUCCUUCUCGUCCCCACCACGCCAGGCCCCCGAGCCCUCCCUCUUCUUUCAGGAUCCCCCAGGGACUAGUAUGGAGAGCCUGGCCCCCUCCACUGACUCUCUGCAUGGCUCUCCAAUGUUGCCCCCCCAAGUGUGCAUUGGGCACCGGGAUGCACCUCGAGCCUCCUCCCCACCCCGCCACCCCCCCAGUGACCUAGGUCUCCUGGCACCCUCACCUCCGCCAGGCAGCUCGGGGGGCUCCCGGAGCUCAGCCGCCCCUGGGGAGACCAGGCACAACUUGGAGAGGGAGGAGUACACCGUGCUGGCCAACCUGCCCCCGCCCAGGAGGCUGGCGCAGAGGGAGCCAGGGCCCCAGGGCAGCAACGGGGGCCGCACCCGCAGCCCUGGCCGCGCGGAGGUGGAGCGCCUCUUCGGGCAAGAGCGCAGGAAGUCCGAGGCACCGGGGGCCUUCCAGGCCCGGGACGAGGGGCGGUCGCAGCGGCCCAGCCAAGGUCAGAACCAACUUCUCCGAAGACAGUCCGGCCCUGCCCUCAGCAGGGAGGUAACCAAGCCCCUUGCGAAGCAGGCAGAAGCGGCCCGGCGGAGCCAAGCAGAGCCCCCUCAUCACAGGAGCCCCAAGAGGCGGCCUGAAGGGGACCGGCGGCUCCAGGGGUCCUCGCUGCCCCCAAGGACAUCAGCCAGGACCCCUGAGAGGGAGCGGCGGACAGAGAGACCACUGGAAAGUGGCCGGGUGGGCCCAAGACAGCCUCUGGGGGGGUGGCAGAGUCAGGAGGGGGCUCCGGGAACCCAGGGCCCUCGCGGACAUCUGGAGAGAGGGUACAGCAGCCGGCAGGAAGACCCAAGCCUGGGGAAGCCCAGCUGGGGGGUUGCCAGAGCCCCAGAGGGAACUUCGAGGGGCCCUAUCAGGGAGUCUGAGGAGAGCUGGGGGCAGCUGGGUGGCCCCACCGGCCACAGGGGGCAGGCAGAGGCCUGGGAGGAGCCCCCCAGUGAUGGGUUGCGGGAGUCCCCUGACAGGCCAGCUCAGCGAGGCUGGGGAAGCCUGCAGGAGCUUCCCUGUGCUCACCAGCCAAAGAGCCCCCCAGAGAACUCCAGGGUAGGCCCAGCAGAAUUCUUGAAAUCCCAGAGGCCUGAAACACCCACCGCCAGGAGCUGGGAGGCUGAGGGAACGUGUCCACACCUGCAUAGCCCUGAGAGGCGACCCGAGCUCGACUGGAGGGACCUCAUGGGCCUUCUCGGGGCACCCAGAGAGGGGGCCUGGGCCUGCACGGAGGAGUCGACGCUCACUUCCCACCUUCCCAGGUUGGACUGGGAAGGCCUCCUGGAGCUCCUGCAGGCCCAGCUGCCCCGCAGAGACCCAUCUGGACACUGGGGUACCCCGGCCCCGGCUUCAGGGCCAGAGGUGGGUUCCCCAGGCACAAUUGGUGCCCCGGAGUUUGAGCGACAGGGCCAGCCUACCAGCUGGGAGGAGUCCACCCCGGUCAAUGGACAGAGCCCUGGACAGUGGCCCCAGAGCUCCGCCCAGCCUCCCAGCCCUGCCUGCACCUCCACCCAGUGGCCAAAGACCAAAGUGACAAGUGGACCAGAGACCUCAGCUAUGGCUGGUCUGGAGGAGAUGGGCCAGCUGGGGGGCAGGAGCCCUGCAGAGGAUCCCAGCUUGCCAGAGUGGGAGUUCCAAUCAGAGGAGCCUGAGGAGUCAGAACCAAGCAAAGGCCAAGACUCACUGACUGACCAGAAGCAGGCCGACUCGCCCGAUCUGCUCAACUUCAAGAAGGGAUGGAUGUCGAUCUUGGACGAGCCUGGAGAGUGGAAGAAGCACUGGUUCGUGCUGACAGAUUCAAGCCUGAAGUACUACAGGGAUUCCACCGCUGAGGAGGCCGACGAGCUGGAUGGCGAGAUCGACCUGCGCUCUUGCACGGACGUCACCGAGUAUGCGGUGCAGCGUAACUACGGCUUCCAGAUCCACACCAAGGACGCUGUCUACACCUUGUCGGCCAUGACCUCGGGGAUCCGGCGAAACUGGAUCGAGGCUCUGAGGAAGACCGUGCGACCCACCUCUGCCCCAGAUGUCACCAAGCUCUCGGACUGCAAUAAGGAGAACACGCUGCACGGCUACAGCACCCAGAAGGGCUCCCUGAAGGCAGGGGAGCAGCGGGGGGGCUCUGAGGUCAUCGGUCGGGGCAGCCUGCGGAAGGCGGACGGGCAGCGGCAGUCCCUGGACUACGUGGAGCUCUCCCCGCUGACUCAGGGCUCCCCGCAACGGGCCCGCACCCCGGCCCGCACUCUCGACCGCCCGGCCAAGCAGGAGGAGCUGGAGCGGGACCUGGCCCAGCGCUCCGAGGAGCGGCGCAAGUGGUUUGAGGCCACGGACAGCCGGCCCCCGGAGACCGCUGGUGGCGAGGGGCCACGCAGGGGCCUGGGUGCCCCCCUGACUGAGGACCAGCAGAGCCGGCUCAGUGAGGAGAUUGAGAAGAAGUGGCAGGAGCUGGAGAAGCUGCCCCUGCGGGAGAACAGGCGGGUGCCUCUCACCGCCCUGCUCAACCAAGGCCGUGGGGAGCGCCGGGGGCCCCCAGGUGACAGCCAUGAGGCCCUGGAGAAGGAGGUCCAGUCUCUUCGCGCCCAGCUGGAGGCAUGGCGUCUUCAGGGAGAGGUUCCUCAGGGUGCACCCAGGUCCCAGGAGGACAGCCACAUCCCCCCGGGCUACAUCUCGCAGGAAGCAUGUGAGCGCAGCCUGGCAGCGAUGGAGUCCUCGCACCAGCAGGUGAUGGAGGAGCUGCAGCGGCACCACGAGCGCGAGCUGCAGCGGCUGCAGCAGGAGAAGGAGUGGCUGCUGGCUGAGGAGACGGCGGCCACGGCCUCAGCCAUCGAGGCCAUGAAGAAGGCCUACCAGGAGGAGCUGAGUCGGGAACUGAGCAAGACACGGAGCCUCCAGCAGGGCCCGGAUGGCCUUCGCAAGCAGCACCAGUCCGACGUGGCGGCGCUGAAGCGGGAGCUGCAGGUGUUGUCGGAGCAGUACUCGCAGAAGUGUCUGGAGAUCGGGGCCCUGACGCGGCAGGCCGAGGAGCGGGAGCACACGCUGCGGCGCUGCCAGCAGGAGGGCCAGGAGCUGCUGCGUCACAACCAGGAGCUGCACGCCCGCCUGUCAGAGGAGAUCGACCGGCUGCGUGGCUUCAUUGCCUCCCAGGGCACGGGGGACGGCUGUGGGCGCGGCAGCGAGCGGAGCUCCUGUGAGCUGGAGGUGUUGCUGCGAGUUAAGGAGAACGAGCUCCAGUACCUAAAGAAGGAGGUGCAGUGUCUCCGGGACGAGCUGCAGAUGCUGCAGAAGGACAAGCGCUUCACCUCGGGGAAGUACCAGGAUGUGUACGUGGAGCUGAACCACAUCAAGACCCGGUCGGAGCGGGAGAUCGAGCAGCUGAAGGAGCACCUGCGCCUCGCUAUGGCUGCCCUGCAGGAGAAGGAGUCCCUGCGCAACAGCCUGGCCGAGUAGAGGUCCUGGUGGCCCCGCCCCACGGCAGACCCUCCCCUGGCCUGAGGGGACCAGUCAGUCGCCCUCCUUCCUGCCGGAUGGACGUCAGAAGCCAAGCUUUGUCCCCACCCUCUGUGGGCCGCACAUGCACUCGUACCCACACACACACACACACACCCCCACACCCACGCAUGUGCGCACACACACACACACACACACACACUCUGCGUAUCUGAGCGCGCCCCUCGCACUGGGUCUUACCUUGCACCUUCUUUGGGAUUUUAUAUGUGAAGAGAUUUUUAUAUAGAUUUUUUCCUUUUUUUUUUUUCCCCAAAACACUUUAUACUUUGAAAAACGCAAUUUCUGGUGGCCCUGUGCCUCCAUGGCUGGCUCCCCUUCUGGCUCUGGCCACCUGCUCGGGCUUCUGGGCCCAUGGCCCUGGCCCGGCGUUCUUGCGGAGGCUGGACAGCGGCCGUGGCAGCGUGGGCUCUGGUAGGAGAGGCAGGGAGCCGGCCACCCUCUUCCUACCCUACCUCCCACUAACUACUUCCUGCCCUGAGGGGACCACGUGGACCUUGGGACUCUGGACAGAGGGCCAGAUGGGCAGAGGGAGCCGGCAGCUGUCCCUAAGGCCUCACCACCUCCUCUGAGGGGUGCUGGCCGGGGAACGGCUGGAGCCGCCCCAUGAAGGCUUCUCUCCUGCCCCAUGAGCCUUCUUAACUUAAUAAAAUGUUCCCGCAG